CAAACACCUUUGAUAUGCUUGCUAUUUGAGGGCUUUGUGUCAAUUGUGUUGUCAAUACCUCACUACUGCCUCUUGAAGCUUGAUAUUUGUGUCACAUGAUGAUGCAUUCAUGGGUAUGAAUGAGCAAGAGGGAAUAAAUUGUCUACUUUAUCAGCCAAAUAUGUCACGAUGUUGGGUGUGGUAGAGUACAAAUGCUGGGUCAUAGGAACAUUGUUCUUUGCUUUGAUGGCACGGAUUGUAAUUUUGGUCCGGAUCCAUAUACAAAUUUGCUCAAGCUUUUCCUGACAUUAGAAAGGGACGACCCUACGCAACAGAUAUGUUAUUAUCAGCCUGGUUUGGGUGCAGCUAUGUCUGUCAGUAUGAAUAACGCAUGGGAUGUGAUUAAUAAGCUGAAUGACUUGGCUGAUGCGGCUGUUGCUUUCAGCCUAGAUCAACACGUUCAAGAUGCGUAUCGUUUCUUGAUGCGAUUCUAUCACGAGGGUGAUAAGAUAUAUCUCUUUGGCUUUAGUCGAGGUGCAUUCACUGCACGUGUCUUGGGCUCUAUGAUUGACCGUGUUGGAUUGUUAAAUCCAGGAUUGGAAGGCCUUAUAGAGUCACUGUGGUCCAUCUACAGUGCUUGGGAGUACGCUGCACAGCCAAGUCAGCCUGAUUAUAGUACAACGCUUGUGGAAGAGUUCAAAUUAACGUUUGCAAGAACAUCUUCGCCUCUCAUCGAGUUUAUGGGGUUGUUUGACACAAUCAACUCUGUGGGCUUGUUCAGGGAUCGAAUGUUCCCCUUCAGUACAAACCUCGGACAUGUGAAGAACAUUAGACAUGCUGUGAGCUUGGAUGAGCGUCGUGCUAAAUACAAACUGAACUUGAUUUCACCUUUCCCAUAUAAGCAGCAUCUCGUUUCUCUGAAAACCAUGUCCCUUGAAUGUGAGCCUCAGCAAAAUAGUCAAGAUAUAAACCAUCGUGAUGACUUCACUAAACCCUUGAUUGCUUCCGAUGGUAGAGCACGUACUAUCACUGAAGAUCUUCUGAACAAAUUAGAGAGUGUUGGCUCAAGCACCGAUUUUGAGCAGCUCUUGAAUCCCAAUUUGGACUAUUCUUCAGAAUCUUGUAAAGAUGUGUACAACAGAAGAAUCCUUAGUGGGGAAUACCAAGAGAUGUGGUUCCCAGGUGGUCAUGGUGAUGUUGGUGGUGGGUGGCAGCCUGAUAUAAACGGUCAAUUUCUGUCCAAUCUCCCUCUAAGAUGGAUGUUUGCCGAAUCUAUAAGAGCUGGUGUCAGGUUCCAGAAAUCCAAAAUGGUUGGGUUUGCCAAUAGGUAUUCUUCAUUAGAUUCGUUUGUUUCGCCCUUACAUGAUGCCUUAUCUUUCAAGAAUAAUGGCCUUACACUUGACAUUUCCCAGACUGAUAAGCAGCGUGUGCUCGAUAUAUCACAGCUGCUCUUUCACAAGAGAAGGAUUCCUAAUUUCAGAUCGUGUACUGUUCUUGAAGAUCCAUCGUCAUAUGAGGACCUUUUUAAUUCUGGUAUUUACCUCACAUCUUUAAAACCUCUUAAAGCGGGGGCUCACACCGGCCAAUCAAUCACCAGGAUAUAUCAAACGUACCAGGAGCUUCCCACUUCACCUAUUGAAUGUUGUGAUGGUCGAGGCAAUACCUCAAUCUGGGUAACUCUCUGCUGGUGGAUUCUUGAGCUCCUACCACUUGGCACUAAAAUUGAGAAUGAGACUGGACAGUGGACAAGACGUUACGCACCAAACCUAGGCCGUGCUAGGUCGGUGCCUUCCUGUGCAAGACUCCAUUGGAGCGUCCUAUGGAAGCUACACUGUUGUGCGGACUACAAACCACGGAAUCUACCUAGCUACGCUGUGGAGUUGAUGGAUGGGAAAGAACCCCAAGUGCCUGACGAUGGUCACGAAUUGUUGAGGAAGCUAGUCAAGGAAACAAAGGCAUUGCUUUGCAAAUGGGAUUCCGAGUCCUGGAGGAUAGUUCCAGACGAUUUGGACUUGGUUAUGAAGCAAUUUGGAUACGUUUAACGGCUAUAAAACUAGUAAGCAUUGC